AUGAAUGCUGUCAAGAUCCCUGUUGCGACGCCGAGGAAAAAGUCGAUAAUUCUUGUAGUGGACCACCAGACGAUCUUCCACAGGACACUUGCAAAGACGCCUGCUGUUCGACUACGAAGCCCGAUACGGUUGAGCCGUCUUGCUGUGAGGGUAAACAGAGGCCGUGCUGCGACAACCGCUAUUGAAAGGGGGCAAGGUGAUGGUGCAACUUCAACCUCUAGCCACAGCCCAUCCCCUGCUAGAGAGGAGUCAAUUCGCGCGAAAUACGAAAUUAGACUCGCGGCCCUUGGGUGUUUGUGCCGAGCACUCAUCGCCCUGGGCCAAGAAUCAUGUUGCACGGCUCGUGAUGUUUCCUCGGAGGAAAGGAAGCGCGGGCCUAAGAGAACCGCUCGUCCCAAGUCUCAGGAGAAGCAAGCCUCAACAUGCAAGUCUAAAGCAGUGGGAAAUUGUUGUUCGAAGUCCCCGGUGCGUAAACCCUCAACCUCGAAAAUUCGAGGCGAAUCUAGCUGCUGCUCUAAAAGUCCAAGUCCUAAGGGAAGUUGCUGUCAGCAAGAUAAAAACAUCAUUAUCGAACAUACUCUAAGUACGAACGGGAGCCAGCAUGCUGUGGCCACUGACCUUGAGAAAGGGCUCUCCGGCUCUGAGCGUGUCGUACUCAAUAUCACCGGGAUGACAUGUACGGGAUGCGAGACUAAACUACAGCAAACAUUGGGCAGAGUCGAUGCUGUAAAGAAUCUCAAGACGAGUCUCGUUAUGGCUAGGGUUGAAUUUCAACUAGACUUUAGUUUAGCCACGCCAGAGGAUAUUGUCAAGCAUAUUGAGAGAACGACCGAGUUCAAGUGCGAGAGGAUGGCAACCCACGGUUCGACAUUGGACAUUAUUCCUGUCGGAGGUGCCAAACAAUUUAUCCAGCAGCCCAUGCCUCUAGGGGUAGAAAACGUAGAUCUCAUCGAUGAACGGACCGUUCGCAUUACAUUCGAGCCAGAGGUCGUUGGGGCCCGCGAUCUGAUCAAUAAAGGGUUCCAGACUCCUGUUACUCUCGCCCCUCCGCAGGCUGAUCCGUCAAUUGCCGCAGGAAGCAAGCAUGUUCGACACAUGGGCUGGACGACCUUGGCUUCGGCACUUCUUACUAUACCUGUAUUAGUAUUAGCAUGGGCCCCGUUAGAAGAGCGUCCGAUCACAUAUGGCAGUGUUUCCUUAGCCUUAGCGACGAUUGUUCAGAUAUUCAUCGCAGGUCCAUUCUACCCGAAGGCUCUAAAGAGUUUAGUGUUUUCCAAAGUGGUCGAAAUGGACCUGCUAAUAGUCUUGAGUACCACUGCGGCAUACAUAUUUUCGGUUGUUUCAUUCGGCUAUCUAGUUAGUGGUCAACCGUUGUCGACGGGUAACUUCUUUGAAACGAGUACCUUGUUGGUCACCCUGAUUAUGGUAGGGCGGUGGGUCAGCGCCCUUGCUCGUCAGAAAGCCGUCGAAAGCAUCUCUAUCCGAUCUUUACAAGCUUCUACUGCUAUUCUAAUUUCAGAUGGGGGCGCCGAAAUCGAUAUUGACACUAGACUGCUUCAGUAUGGCGACAUAUUCAAGGUCGUUCCUCAUACUCAGGCGCCUACUGACGGUGUCAUUAUCUCUGGUACAACGGAAGUAGAUGAAUCAAUGCUAACAGGUGAAUCACGCCUCAUUGAGAAGAAGCCGGGAUCGACGAUUCUUGCUGGGUCGCUGAAUGGCAAUGGAACCGUUACAGCACGCCUUACGAGAUUACCAGGGCAGAAUACCAUCAGCACCAUUGCAGCAAUGGUCGAUGAUGCCAAACUCUCAAAACCCAAGAUUCAAGACCUCGCCGAUCGGAUCGCUUCAUACUUUGUCCCCGCAGUUAUUUCCUUGACUUUAAUUACAUUUAUUGCCUGGGUUGGCGUGGGGAUUCGCAACCAAGGAAAGUCAGGAAGCGAGGCUACAACGCAGGCCAUAACAUACGCCAUCACAGUACUUAUAGUCUCAUGCCCAUGUGCUAUUGGCCUAGCAGUUCCUAUGGUCAUUGUAAUUGCGUGUGGUGUUGCCGCAGAGAGGGGACUGGUUUUCAAGACAAGCGAGGCUAUAGAAAUCGCUCACAAAGCUUCACAUGUCGUUUUCGACAAGACCGGCACGUUGACUGAAGGAAAGCUGUCUGUUGUAAGUGAAGAGUAUCUACUAGGAGCGCAGCAUGCCAUUGCCUCGAAUAUCUUAGGUUUGUUGGCAGACGUUAACCACCCGGUCUCGUCCGCCAUCACAACUCACCUGAAAGGCCAGGAAGCUAUUGCUGCCAAGGUCGAGGAGGUUAAGUCCCUCCCUGGUAAAGGGGUACAAGGUUAUAUCGACGGACUUUCCAUCCAGGCUGGCAACUCCCGCUGGCUCGGUACUGGGUCUGACCUCCGCGUGCAAGCUGUACUAUCAAAAGGUUACACUGCCUUCUGCGUAACCAUCGGAUCGGAACUCCAGGCUGUUUUCGGGUUGGUCGAUACUAUCCGACAAGAUGCGGCACAGACUAUUGCAGAGCUACAGAAACGAAAUAUAACCGUGUCAAUGCUAAGUGGUGAUGACGACGGCGCUGUCCAAGCCGUAGCUUCUUCGCUAGGAAUUCCCGCAGAGAACGCUCUAUCUCGAUGCUCUCCAGCUGACAAGCGAGCGUACAUCCAAAAGCUGCUUGGAAACCAGGAAGUGGCAGACAAUAAGGAGCAGCCAGUGAUCGUAUUUGUGGGAGACGGGACAAACGACGCCGUGGCUCUAGCCCAGGCUACGAUCGGAGUGCAUGUGAACUCGGGCACGGAUGUGGCGCAGUCGGCCGCUGACGUCGUGCUGAUGCGGCCCUCGCUCGGCGGCGUGCUCGCCAUGAUAGACGUGUCACGAGCUGCCGUGCGCCGCGUCGCCUUCAACUUCGGCUGGAGCUUCGUGUACAACGUGUUCGCGAUCUUGCUCGCGGCUGGAGCGUUCGUAAACGCUGGUGAGAAAGCACGCAUCCCGCCCGAGUUCGCCGGACUCGGUGAGUUGGUUAGCGUGCUGCCUGUCAUCGUGGUUGCGGUCAGUCUACGCUGGGCCAGAAUUUAG